AUGGCCAGUUCAUAUCAUUUCUCAGCUCUCCUAGUGCUCGCAGUUGUGACACUAACAUCAAUGUGUGGCACAGAAUUGUUUGCAGACGCUCGCCACCUCUUGGAGACAACCUUGCCUGAAAUGCCUAAGGUCGAACUUCCAAAACCCGCAGAACUUCCAAAACCUGAAUUGCCUAAGGUGGAACUUCCAAAACCCGUAGAACUUCCAAAACCCGAAUUGCCCAAGGUGGAACUUCCAAAACCCGUGGAACUUCCAAAACCCGAAUUGCCUAAGGUGGAACUUCCCCAUGUCCCAGCACUACCAAAACCUGAAUUGCCUAAGGUGGAACUUCCCCAUGUCCCAGCUCUACCAAAACCCGAACUACCUAAGGUGGAACUUCCCCAUGUCCCAGCUCUACCGAAACCCGAGUUGCCAACAAUCCCAAAGCCAGAGCUGCCUCAUGUCCCUGAGCUUCCCAAGCCAACACUCCCAUCCAUCCCUGUCCCUCACUCAAACACUCCAUGA